AUGAGCAAGCAGCAGGUAACCUACUCAGAGUUGAUCCUUCAAAAAUCAUCCCAGCAGCAGCAAGGAAGGCCUAAGAAACCCAAGAACAAAGAUGCCUCCAGUGAGGGGCAGGUGAUCUACACACAGUUGAAAAAUUCCAAGCUUCCUCAGCAGCAGCAGCAUAGAAGAGCUCAGGAAAUACCGGACCGAGGUCAAGAGCAGCUGGUGAUCUACGCAGAGUUGAAAAAUUCCCAGCCUUCUCAACAGCAGCAGCACAGAAAGUCUAAGGGCACUAAGAGCGCGGGUGCAGGGAGUGAGCAGCGCCUGACCAACAUAGAGAUGACCCUGCCCAGCCCUUUCCAGCAACCAGAGAAGCGUGAGGCCGGACAGACCCCAGAUUCUCCAUCCCCUCCAUGGAGGCUUGUCACCGGGAUUCUGGGGAUCCUGUGCCUUGGGCUACUGGUCGCCAUGGUAUCUAUGACAGUCGGGUUUAUUGAGACACGUUACUCUCAAGGAGACAACAGCACUACCGCAUCAGACCACAAUGUAACACCCCUAAAAGGAUGUCACAGCGGUCCUUGUCUAGAGAACUGGGUAGCGUAUAGGAACCACUGCUACCUGUUCUCCAAGGAAUCGGCCUCUUGGGAAGAAAGUCGGAUUGCCUGUGCUGCUAAGAACUCCAGUCUCCUGCAGAUAGACAGCAAGGAAGAGCUGGAUUUCUUGAAAUUAUUAUCUCUUUAUCACUGGAUGGGACUCUCUUUUCCUGAAAAUGCUAAAUCCUGGCAGUGGACAGAUGGCUCGCCACUUUCCUCUGACCUGUUCAAGGUUACUCAGUCAAAUACCCGUUGGACCUGUGUACCUUAUGGUUCACAUUCAGGAAAUUCAGAAUUUGCGAAAAACUGUUCUGUGGAUGAGAGAUAUAUCUGCGAAUCUAGCAGCCGUUAGCCCCUCUCUUGGGACUUCAUGGAAAUCAGACUGCCACCCAUUCCAGGACGGACACUUGCAGCAAAGAAAAUCCUGACUUCUCUUGCCUGCAUUCCCUUCACACUUGUAUUUCCUUGUCCUCCUCGCUUUUGCUACCAACAACUUUGGGUCACCCAGGUGAGGAGAUGAGAUUGAACCUGUUCCCCUGUCUCAUCGGAGUUAAUCACCAACCAAUUGGAGCUCCUUCUUAGUGACCCUAACCACCAAUCUCACUCCCUGAGAAUUUGGGCCAAGUGAG